AGCCAAAAACCGAAUUAUUAUCUUUAGAUACAAUCAAUAUUUUCAAGGAUGACAUGUAUUCGUUACUAUGUAGUUUGAGUAACAAGUCCUAUGUGCAUGAGUUUGCCAAGAAAAGAGCGAGGAAAAUUCUGGCAAAUUAUGAUAAGUCAUUCUUUUCAGCCGAUGAAUUUCACACAUCGAUAAGUCGAAAAGUUACAUCUGCAAGUACAUUAAUGGCGCUGGAGGAGCAUCGUACGGACAGAAUAGCAAUCGAAAAUUUGCGCAACGCAAUAAACACAACACCAACCAUCGAAUAUGACUCUGAAAGGAAACAUGAAGAUCUUAGAGGAGAAAUAAUGGAUGAAGUCGAGAAUGAUCAAAUUGUUUCCGAAGCUGUACAAGAGUUGGGUGACCUCGGUGCGCAAAGUUACGAUCAAGAAAAUCAAGACCUGUCGCGAAACACAAAUACCCUAGGGAAAAGGGAAAAUGCAAGUGAUGCUGAGGAAGAAGGAGUAUUAAAAAAAAGGCAAUAUAAUCGAGACCGUUACACCACACCACCACCACGACGAUUAGAUAACCUUAUUAUUGAGUCGCCUAAGUUUUCGGAAUCCAAUCAGCACUCUAUCUUUUAUGGAGGACUUCCAAAUUAUGAAGAGGGCAUAGAGAUUGUCCCGGAAUUAGUACUUAAAGAAACUAAUGAAGCCAUGAUUCCUUAUUUUGAACACUCUUUCAAUUAUGAUUCUUGGAAUUGUUGGACAUUAAAAUCUGGUUCGGUAGUCACUGAAUUGCUAGAGAAAGCAUCAAAUAUCAAAGGACAUCCUCUGAGACCAGAGAGCUUUACUAAACGCCCAAGUAUUACAAGUCCUCCAAAAGAUAUUAUUGAACUUUUGAAAAUAAAAUCAUUGGAAUUCGAAGUAAAAAAGUUCAAAAGAGACAAAUUAAAUGCUCAUCUCAAGGAAAAUAUUACUGGCCAGAAUUCCGGUGAAGAUCUUAUUUUGGAAAAUAUUAAGAUAACAUGUUCAAUAUUAUAUCCCGAAGAUACAUUUACUGCUUUUUUCAUGAAAAUUUUAUCUUUAUUCCAUAAAUAUGUUUUUAUAGAAGAUUCUGUUAUGCAACAGCCAGAUGUUUCAGAGGCUGAUUAUGGAGGUUAUCUGAUACAUCCUUGCUUAAAAAAAAUACUUGUAGGCUUAGAAGAUCGUUUAUAUUAUCACAU